GACGCGCAGGGAGAUGCGAGCCAGAGGCUGCCCUGAUUGACAGGCGCAGUGUCCUAAAAAGGGCUCUCGGAGCUGCUUAUCGGGAGGUUUAUAUAGCACCGCGCGGGCGCACGCUGGAGAGCGCUCGGCCCGGCCAAGCCAGGCGCGCAGGGGGCAAGGCGCAGGGACCACGCCUGGCGCAGGGGGAGCCACCUUUCUGGGACCCUCUCCUGCCCCCCUCCCCGCCCCCUAGAAAGGGAGAGCCCGCUCCUUGGGCGUGCUACAGCCUCCGCCGCUCGCUGGGAAGGGGGCCGAGCCCGGGCCGGCGGCGGCUUCCACCAUGCACUGCCCUGGGCUCGCGUCCCCCGGGCAGCUGAAGGCAGCCAGGAGGCGCUACAAGACUUUCAUGAUCGAUGAGAUCCUCUCCAAGGAGACCUGCGAUUACUUUGAGAAACUUUCCCUUUACUCUGUCUGCCCGUCCCUCAUCGUCAGACCCAAACCUCUGCACUCCUGUACGGGGUCCCCAUCUCUGAGGGCGUAUCCUCUCAUCUCUGUCAUCACCCGGCAGCCUUCUGUGGUCCAUCACCUCAUCCCUGCAGCUACCACCUCCCGAGCGCUGUCACCACACUCCUCCUCGGCCACCAGCUCGGAGCCAGCAGCCAGCGAAACCCAUGCCAGCAGCGAGUCAGAAGGGGAGCAGCCCACCCCGCGCUUGAAAAAGCCUCGCCGAAGCCGGACCAUCUUCACGGAACUCCAGCUGAUGGGGCUGGAGAAGAAGUUCCAAAAGCAGAAGUAUCUGUCCACGCCAGACAGGCUGGACCUUGCGCAGUCACUGGGGCUGACUCAGCUCCAGGUGAAGACUUGGUACCAGAACCGUAGGAUGAAGUGGAAGAAAAUGGUACUGAAAGGUGGACAGGAAGCUCCAACUAAGCCCAAAGGCCGCCCAAAGAAAAACUCCAUCCCUACCUCAGAAGAGAUUGAGGCAGAGGAAAAGAUGAACAGCCAAGUUCAGAAGCAGAUGUUGGAGACAUCUCAGGCCCAGGAAGAGCCUGAAUUGACAGAGAAGAAGACUGAAGUCUCCUUGGAGACGGGAAAGUCCCCAGAGCACACACUGGAGCCCUCCCCAGAGGAGACCACACCCUUGAGCUAAAAGAGGAAAAAUAGGAGGGAAAAAAAGGAAAGAUUAAAAAAAAAAAAACCUCCCAAAGACUGUGUAUAAGUCAGGAGCUUGUGCACUUUGUGCCACUGGGAAUUAACCAGCAUGGGCAGCUGUGGAACAAAAAAACCCAAUGCAUAGGAUGACAAUCUUUCCCUUCCCAAGAGCAUGUGUAAGUUCUCUGUGAAGGACAAGGGGGCCUGAGUACUUCUAAAUAUUCUCCAGAGGAAACAGUGUGUCUAGAAACCUGAGAGAGCCUGGAGACACAGAAAAAGCCCAGGACUCCUUUCAUGCCUUGCACGGUGGUUGCGUAGUGCUUAUGACCAUCUGGGAAGGUUCAGUGUAUUUGCUUGACUUUAUUCUCACCUUUUAAGGUUGAACUAAAGGACAGAGUACUUAGUCCGGCCUCAAGGCAGUGACUGCCAAGAAAAGGGGAAAUUUACAGCAUGAUUGCUCAUUUAACCAGCACUUAUUUCUGUUAGGGAUGAGCCCAAGCAAAGCAGUUUUUUUUGUCUCUUGGAGGAUGCACACACCCAGGUUUUUGGUUCAGCCCAUUAUAAAGAUACAUGGUAAGACUCAGCCCCAGGUCAAAAUUCAGAGUUCAGACCUCCCUGGGAGGUUUGGGGUGAUCAGAUCUGGGGUGUGGAUCUUUACAAACUUUUAUAAAGAUAAGACCACUGGAUAAAAAUAUAGCUUGAGAUUACGGUUUGGAUUUCAAGUUCCUCCAGAGGCUUUGGGCUGCUCAGAACUGGGAUUUUUUUUGCUUCAGGUCCAUUUCUAAUUAUUGUGGGGUUUGUAUUUUUUUUUCCCAAGGAGCAUUUAAAUGUUUUCAGGGUUAGGGGAAAGCAAUGGACUUAAGAAGUUGCUGAGGAAAGUUUGCAUUUGUUUUUAAGACCUGUGUGCCAAGAACAAAUAUGCAUCAUGUUUCCUUAAGUCUUGUGGAGGGUGCAUUUUGCCUGAAGGCUGCAAGAGAUGUAUUAAAAUAACCUUUAUUUUUUA